UAAACAACUAAUCACUUAGUAAAAUGUUAAAAGGUUUUGGUUUUAUCAUCCUGAGGUCCUAUUUAUUUAUUUGUCAAAGAGGUGAUUUAAAAUCUGCCCUACUGUAACCUUUACGGUGUGUGACUUUACGUUUAGUUUUAGGUUAACAUAAGGGUAAGGGUUGGGGUUAUAUUAUAUAUAAUAGGCUUGUAAUUGUGAUUGGUGGGGUAGACUGGCUGGACGCAUCCUGUCAUUAAGUGAAAAGUACGUGUGUGCGCGUGCGUGCGUGCGCACUCGGUGUAGGCGUAUCAUGGCAACAAGUUGUAAACUAACUGUCUAUGUUUGUGAAUUAUAAAACAUGGCGACGCAGAGAGAGAAAGACGUCGUCGAUUAUCUCGAGAAACACAAAAUUUUCGAGCUCAUGGAAAACCUGACCAGCAUGCUCUUCUUUUACAGACCUGAAAAUCCCAGAGAGUUUCUCAUUGAGCAGCUGGAACAGCUGAAGAUGUCUCAGCAGAAUGGUGUGGACGGACCGAAUCUGUUCAACAACUCCAACCUGGAUGCAGUCUUCGGGAUACUGGACCCCGCUAAUAAAAAAUACAUCACUUUUGCCCAAUACAAGCAUGGAUUCAAGGCCUGCAGAGAUGCUCAGCAACAUACAAACAACUGUGAACUUAUGUUUGAUGUUUUCUUCCACUCAGCUGAUAUGUUAUUUAACGCAUGGUAUAGUGUUGAUAUGUAUUUGGAAGUUUUCAUUGGGCUGGGUAUUAUGUUAUAAAAUGAGCACAUUUUAUAUAAUUAUUGUUAUUAAACUUGUAAUGUUAGUAUGGAUUCUGAUUGAGUUAGUUUCAUUCAAGUAUUUGCCAGCUUUUUUACACUAAAGUUAACAGUAUAUUUUUGAGGAAUUUCUUCUAAAAACUGAAGGAUCCUAUGCCCUUAAGAAAUAUCACCAUGUCGAGGUGCAAUAUGUGAUGAGAUACAACUGUUUAUUAAGAACUCUUAGAGAAGUAUAGGAUAACAGAGUACAGAGAACAGGUAUUUUUCAUCCUAAGUCUACAUCCUCACUCAGCCUCCCAGUUCUGAAUUAUUAAUUGCCCUUUCUACUCUUAUUGAAAUAAAACAAAACACUUUUCCCAUUAUUUUAAGCUUAAACUAUUGGAGACAGU